UGAUAGCAUAGCUUCAUUUUUGACCAUCACGGGGAUGUCAGUCGCCGUGAGAGAAUUGGCAUGUCUUAAUAUUCCCAUCCUCUCUGAACCCGUCACCGAUGGGAUCAUCUUCGACGUCUCGUUUACGACUUCACAAAUGACUCUCGUCCUCAGCUCAACGAUGACUGAUUCGCGAAUAUACGAUAGUGUCGUAUUGAAUGCCUGUUCUAGUGCCAACUAUGUAUCAGUCACCUCCACGAGCAUAGCCAGCACAGGCUGUCAAGACCGCAUCACACUUGUGGUGGACAUAGCUGACUUGAACGCCGUGUGUAGCGUGGCAGCGACCACAGCCUUGUUCCCGGAUAACUACAUCAAACGGUCGUAUACAGGGUCUGUAACAUUGAAUAUGAGAGAGUUCUUUUUGAAUGAAUUAGAGGUGUUGGAGGAGCGAUCCUUCAGCCAGGUGCUGGGGUUCGCCGCCGAUUUCGAUACCGGUAUUGUGGUACCUGAUGUUGUGGAGACGCACACAAACUCGCCGCUGGGACUGUAUGCGGCGGUUUCUAAUCUGGAUACUACGCCCAGCACGUAUGCGGUGGUGGAUGUCACCUUCUUCAUGACCUAUCCGCUUCACGUCUCCAACCCUCUCCUGGGCGUAGCCAGCGUAGUCUCGUCGGCUGGUACUACUUACUGUACAAACCCAACGGACUACGUACCUGUGUGUACCAAGACGAUACAGCUACAAAUCGCUCACGGUACAGCAUGUAGCUUGGACGGGAACUACAAAUUCAGCUCCAUCAGUAUUGGCUGUGGCAUCGGUGUGGAUGCGUUAGACUGCCCGUUAACUGCCACGGAUACCAGCAGUUGGUUUGCCUUUGACAUUGCACUGCCGUCGCUGUGUGAUGACACGGGCUAUGACGUAAUGCACGAUGACGUCGUGGCUAUCGCCAGCUUCAACACUGUGUGGACAGACCCAGAGGUGCCGCAAACAGCCUUUGUGUUUGGUGGCCAGAUGAAUUUCGCUGCUGGGUUUAGCGGGAUGGCUGUUCAAUCGUAA